AUGUCUCUCUUCACUGCAGCUCUCCACCCUAAUGUUGGUCUGGGCUUCCUUGUCCUCGGUGCCUCCCUCCACGAUAUCUUAACUCGACUCAAGGCCGAACCCCAACGCUUCCCCAAGCUUGAUCUAGCCUAUUCCGCGGCCGAUCCCGUCACCAAUCCUGUCGUCCUUAACCUCCCUGCCAACGGUAUACGACUUCGCUUCGACGGUCCUGAACAGCGACUCCGACUCGUUGAAGUCAUCGACUUUACUAAGAAUCGUAUCACGUACCAAGAGAAGGACGUCGCCAAACCCGCAAACUCCCAAGGUUUGGUUGGAUCCCCUAGGCUAGGUGGGGAUGCUGCGACAGGACCGGCAUUUAAGAACAUCUAUCACCGCCUAUUUGGCCCAACAUAUGCUGGAGAGUAUAUACCCCCCGCUGAAACAGGUGGUGCCAACGCUGUAGGAACGUACAUUUUGUCCUAUCCCGGUGUCGCAUUUAGCUUCCCCCUACCGAAAUCAGCCUAUUCUCCCAACAAGGAUGUGGUUUCUUUGCUGUCCUCAUCCGCAAGCCAGACAGCGAGUUCAGUUGCAGUAUUUAGUGGGAAAUCCUGGGCUCAUGCUCGAGAAACGCUAUGGGAUGAGAUUCUUCCAAGCGUUAAGUCAGCAUUUCUGUUUAAUAAGAGCAAAGAGGUUGUUCCGGACGAGAUAUCCCUGAUCAAGAUACAUGGGGGCGGCAGACUUCAGCUUUUCAAGAAGUGGACCAACUCAUCGCUGUGGAUCAAUCUGGGAGAGACAACAGCCCAGGACUUAGUAGCAGAACUAGGCCCGCCCGAUGCUAUAUACCGCAAGAAUGACCAGAGGAUGUAUAUCCACAAAACGCGCACUGCUAGUCAUAGUAGGUCUAGGUCAAACGGUGGCGAUUACAGGCGUCCGGAUGAUUUGACCGAUACGGAUCAGUCUUCCGCACAUACAGGGUCAGAAGACUCUGAUGAUGAAGCUGUCGUGGAAGAGUUUGUUGGUAAUGUAACUGGUGAUUGCUUUUACAAUUAUUUUUACCUAGGGUUCGACAUCCUAGUAUCCCCACCCCAGUCUGUCUCACGCACACCGCCUUCUCAUGCUGGGAAAGAAUUGCCUAGUGCCAACCCAUUCAAGAGUGGUACAGCCGAUCGACUGGUGGCCACCAAGAUGGUUUUACAUGCGAACGUCCCUGGCUCAUACCCAUUUAAUCGCCAUCGGCGAUGUCGGUGGGAGAUUCAAUACCUCGCAAAUAGCAACUCGGACCAUGUGAUAAAUUCGGAGACACCGUUUGAUGAGGCAGAGAAACGGUUGAGAGAGGAGUGGAAGGGUACAUAUUCGGCAGAAGAAGACGGCCAGAGGCGUCAGCGAGGUAUGGUAUUAAAUAGGGGAUGGGGCGAUAGCCCCGGAAGCAGCUGCGAGUUCCUCGGAGGCUGGGAAGACAGCAGCGGAGGAGUCGCGGCGAAGAAGUUCGAUGGGAGCGAAGAUUCUACGACUACACUAUAUGGAUUUCCUGGGUUGGUCUUCGAGGUUUUGAAGAAUGGAUUUGUCAGCGCUGUUACGGUUUACUGAAAGAUUACGAGCAUGGGUAUGGGCUUGGGUUUGGGCAUCGGAGUUGGUUGUGAUUUUUUGCUCUCUUCCGCCAACAUAUACUAGAAUGGGAUUUGUACCGGGCAGGGCCGGACCGUGAUAUCACACAUUUACUCCAAGACUUCACACUCCCGCAUAUUAUAUGGCCCAUAUCUGCAAUUUUAUUGACUUAAGAUAUAGGUGAAACCUGACACAUCCUUUAUUUACACCAGAUAACGAUCAACCUUCUGCCUUAUCUUACAAGGUUAGUCUAGACUAAUAUUACUUACUAGCAUCCAUACCUUAAGUAGGUAUAUCUACAGAUCACCGAUUCAUUCUAUCCUAUGGAAGUCAGCUCUUAUAGGGUCUCAGCGGGGUUCCUCGAACUCACUUUAGCACCACUCAGAUAUAAUGGACGACGAUUUUGGAAGAGCCUACCGUUUGCUUUGAUGGAGCCUUUAACUCUUACGACACGAGAUAUGUGCAUACUGCCUCAACUCAUCAUCGGGAUUUUG